AUGGGCCAAGACAGUCAAGGGGCAGUCAGUGAACGAGGCAGCACAGGUGUUGAGUCGACUCAAAACAAGCCCCCCCCCUCAUUAGGCCACUGUUGGACGAUUGGAUGGCAACAAGGGAAAUGGGCCAAGACAGUCAAGAGGCAGUCAGUGAACGAGGCAGCACAGGUGUUGAGUCGACUCAAAACAAGCCCCCCCUCAUUAGGCCUCUGUUGGACGAUUGGAUGGCAACAAGGGAAAUGGGCCAAGACAGUCAAGGGGCAGUCAGUGAACGAGGCAGCACAGGUGUUGAGUCGACUCAAAACAAGCCCCCCCUCAUUAGGCCACUGUUGGACGAUUGGAUGGCAACAAGGGAAAUGGGCCAAGACAGUCAAGGGGCAGUCAGUGAACGAGGCAGCACAGGCCACUGUUGGACGAUUGGAUGGCAAGACAGUCAAGACAGUCAAGGGGCAGUCAGUGAACGAGGCAGCACAGGUGUUGAGUCGACUCAAAACAAGCCCCCCCUCAUUAGGCCACUGUUGGACGAUUGGAUGGCAACAAGGGAAAUGGGCCAAGACAGUCAAGGGGCAGUCAGUGAACGAGGCAGCACAGGUGUUGAGUCGACUCAAAACAAGCCCCCCCUCAUUAGGCCACUGUUGGACGAUUGGAUGGCAACAAGGGAAAUGGGCCAAGACAGUCAAGGGGCAGUCAGUGAACGAGGCAGCACAGGUGUUGAGUCGACUCAAAACAAGCCCCCCCUCAUUAGGCCACUGUUGGACGAAUGGAUGGCAACAAGGGAAAUGGGCCAAGACAGUCAAGGGGCAGUCAGUGAACGAGGCAGCACAGGUGUUGAGUCGACUCAAAACAAGCCCCCCCCUCAUUAGGCCACUGUUGGACGAUUGGAUGGCAACAAGGGAAAUGGGCCAAGACAGUCAAGGGGCAGUCAGUGAACGAGGCAGCACAGGCCACUGUUGGACGAUUGGAUGGCAACAAGGGAAAUGUGCCAAGACAGUCAAGGGGCAGUCAGUGAACGAGGCAGCACAGGUGUUGAGUCGACUCAAAACAAGCCCCCCCUCAUUAGGCCACUGUUGGACGAUUGGAUGGCAACAAGGGAAAUGGGCCAAGACAGUCAAGGGGCAGUCAGUGAACGAGGCAGCACAGGUGUUGAGUCGACUCAAAACAAGCCCCCCCUCAUUAGGCCUCUGUUGGACGAUUGGAUGGCAACAAGGGAAAUGGGCCAAGACAGUCAAGGGGCAGUCAGUGAACGAGGCAGCACAGGUGUUGAGUCGACUCAAAACAAGCCCCCCCCCAUUAGGCCUCUGUUGGACGAUUGGAUGGCAACAAGGGAAAUGGGCCAAGACAGUCAAGGGGCAGUCAGUGAACGAGGCAGCACAGGUGUUGAGUCGACUCAAAACAAGCCCCCCCCCAUUAGGCCUCUGUUGGACGAUUGGAUGGCAACAAGGGAAAUGGGCCAAGACAGUCAAGGGGCAGUCAGUGAACGAGGCAGCACAGGUGUUGAGUCGACUCAAAACAAGCCCCCCCCCAUUAGGCCUCUGUUGGACGAUUGGAUGGCAACAAGGGAAAUGGGCCAAGACAGUCAAGGGGCAGUCAGUGAACGAGGCAGCACAGGUGUUGAGUCGACUCAAAACAAGCCCCCCCCCAUUAGGCCUCUGUUGGACGAUUGGAUGGCAACAAGGGAAAUGGGCCAAGACAGUCAAGGGGCAGUCAGUGAACGAGGCAGCACAGGUGUUGAGUCGACUCAAAACAAGCCCCCCCUCAUUAGGCCUCUGUUGGACGAUUGGAUGGCAACAAGGGAAAUGGGCCAAGACAGUCAAGGGGCAGUCAGUGAACGAGAAAGCACAGGUGUUGAGUCGACUCAAAACAAGCCCCCCCUCAUUAGGCCACUGUUGGACGAUUGGAUGGCAACAAGGGAAAUGGGCCAAGACAGUCAAGGGGCAGUCAGUGAACGAGGCAGCACAGGUGUUGAGUCGACUCAAAACAAGCCCCCCCUCAUUAGGCCACUGUUGGACGAUUGGAUGGCAACAAGGGAAAUGGGCCAAGACAGUCAAGGGACAGCCACUGUUGGACGAUUGGAUGGCAACAAGGAAAUGUGCCAAGACAGUCAAGGGGCAGUCAGUGAACGAGGCAGCACAGGUGUUGAGUCGACUCAAAACAAGCCCCCCCCCAUUAGGCCUCUGUUGGACGAUUGGAUGGCAACAAGGGAAAUGGGCCAAGACAGUCAAGGGGCAGUCAGUGAACGAGGCAGCACAGGUGUUGAGUCGACUCAAAACAAGCCCCCCCCCAUUAGGCCUCUGUUGGACGAUUGGAUGGCAACAAGGGAAAUGGGCCAAGACAGUCAAGGGGCAGUCAGUGAACGAGGCAGCACAGGUGUUGAGUCGACUCAAAACAAGCCCCCCCCCAUUAGGCCUCUGUUGGACGAUUGGAUGGCAACAAGGGAAAUGGGCCAAGACAGUCAAGGGGCAGUCAGUGAACGAGGCAGCACAGGUGUUGAGUCGACUCAAAACAAGCCCCCCCUCAUUAGGCCUCUGUUGGACGAUUGGAUGGCAACAAGGGAAAUGGGCCAAGACAGUCAAGGGGCAGUCGGUGAACGAGGCAGCACAGGUGUUGAGUCGACUCAAAACAAGCCCCCCCCCAUUAGGCCACUGUUGGACGAUUGGAUGGCAACAAGGGAAAUGGGCCAAGACAGUCAAGGGGCAGUCGGUGAACGAGGCAGCACAGACAGUCAAGGGGCAGUCAGUGAACGAGGCAGCACAGGUGUUGAGUCGACUCAAAACAAGCCCCCCCUCAUUAGGCCUCUGUUGGACGAUUGGAUGGCAACAAGGGAAAUGGGCCAAGACAGUCAAGGGGCAGUCAGUGAACGAGGCAGCACAGGUGUUGAGUCGACUCAAAACAAGCCCCCCCUCAUUAGGCCACUGUUGGACGAUUGGAUGGCAACAAGGGAAAUGGGCCAAGACAGUCAAGGGGCAGUCAGUGAACGAGGCAGCACAGGUGUUGAGUCGACUCAAAACAAGCCCCCCCUCAUUAGGCCACUGUUGGACGAUUGGAUGGCAACAAGGGAAAUGGGCCAAGACAGUCAAGGGGCAGUCAGUGAACGAGGCAGCACAGGCCUCUGUUGGACGAUUGGAUGGCAACAAGGAAAUGGGCCAAGACAGUCAAGGGGCAGUCAGUGAACGAGGCAGCACAGAUGUUGAGUCGACUCAAAACAAGCCCCCCCCCAUUAGGCCACUGUUGGACGAUUGGAUGGCAACAAGGAAAUGGGCCAAGACAGUCAAGGGGCAGUCAGUGAACGAGGCAGCACAGGUGUUGAGUCGACUCAAAACAAGCCCCCCCUCAUUAGGCCACUGUUGGACGAUUGGAUGGCAACAAGGGAAAUGGGCCAAGACAGUCAAGGGGCAGUCAGUGAACGAGGCAGCACAGGUGUUGAGUCGACUCAAAACAAGCCCCCCCUCAUUAGGCCACUGUUGGACGAUUGGAUGGCAACAAGGGAAAUGGGCCAAGACAGUCAAGGGGCAGUCAGUGAACGAGGCAGCACAGGUGUUGAGUCGACUCAAAACAAGCCCCCCCUCAUUAGGCCACUGUUGGACGAUUGGAUGGCAACAAGGGAAAUGGGCCAAGACAGUCAAGGGGCAGUCAGUGAACGAGGCAGCACAGGUGUUGAGUCGACUCAAAACAAGCCCCCCCUCAUUAGGCCACUGUUGGACGAUUGGAUGGCAACAAGGGAAAUGGGCCAAGACAGUCAAGGGGCAGUCAGUGAACGAGGCAGCACAGGUGUUGAGUCGACUCAAAACAAGCCCCCCCUCAUUAGGCCACUGUUGGACGAUUGGAUGGCAACAAGGGAAAUGGGCCAAGACAGUCAAGGGGCAGUCAGUGAACGAGGCAGCACAGGUGUUGAGUCGACUCAAAACAAGCCCCCCCUCAUUAGGCCACUGUUGGACGAUUGGAUGGCAACAAGGGAAAUGGGCCAAGACAGUCAAGGGGCAGUCAGUGAACGAGGCAGCACAGGCCACUGUUGGACGAUUGGAUGGCAAGACAGUCAAGACAGUCAAGGGGCAGUCAGUGAACGAGGCAGCACAGGUGUUGAGUCGACUCAAAACAAGCCCCCCCUCAUUAGGCCACUGUUGGACGAUUGGAUGGCAACAAGGGAAAUGGGCCAAGACAGUCAAGGGGCAGUCAGUGAACGAGGCAGCACAGGUGUUGAGUCGACUCAAAACAAGCCCCCCCUCAUUAGGCCACUGUUGGACGAUUGGAUGGCAACAAGGGAAAUGGGCCAAGACAGUCAAGGGGCAGUCAGUGAACGAGGCAGCACAGGUGUUGAGUCGACUCAAAACAAGCCCUCCCUCAUUAGGCCACUGUUGGACGAUUGGAUGGCAACAAGGGAAAUGGGCCAAGACAGUCAAGGGGCAGUCAGUGAACGAGGCAGCACAGGUGUUGAGUCGACUCAAAACAAGCCCCCCCUCAUUAGGCCACUGUUGGACGAUUGGAUGGCAACAAGGGAAAUGGGCCAAGACAGUCAAGGGGCAGUCAGUGAACGAGGCAGCACAGGUGUUGAGUCGACUCAAAACAAGCCCCCCCUCAUUAGGCCACUGUUGGACGAUUGGAUGGCAACAAGGGAAAUGGGCCAAGACAGUCAAGGGGCAGUCAGUGAACGAGGCAGCACAGGUGUUGAGUCGACUCAAAACAAGCCCCCCCUCAUUAGGCCUCUGUUGGACGAUUGGAUGGCAACAAGGGAAAUGGGCCAAGACAGUCAAGGGGCAGACGAUUGGAUGGCAACAAGGGAAAUGGGCCAAGACAGUCAAGGGGCAGUCAGUGAACGAGGCAGCACAGGUGUUGAGUCGACUCAAAACAAGCCCCCCCUCAUUAGGCCUCUGUUGGACGAUUGGAUGGCAACAAGGGAAAUGGGCCAAGACAGUCAAGGGGCAGUCAGUGAACGAGGCAGCACAGGUGUUGAGUCGACUCAAAACAAGCCCCCCCUCAUUAGGCCACUGUUGGACGAUUGGAUGGCAACAAGGGAAAUGGGCCAAGACAGUCAAGGGGCAGUCAGUGAACGAGGCAGCACAGGUGUUGAGUCGACUCAAAACAAGCCCCCCCUCAUUAGGCCACUGUUGGACGAUUGGAUGGCAACAAGGGAAAUGGGCCAAGACAGUCAAGGGGCAGUCAGUGAACGAGGCAGCACAGGUGUUGAGUCGACUCAAAACAAGCCCCCCCUCAUUAGGCCACUGCCACUGUUGGACGAUUGGAUGGCAACAAGGGAAAUGGGCCAAGACAGUCAAGGGGCAGUCAGUGAACGAGGCAGCACAGGUGUUGAGUCGACUCAAAACAAGCCCCCCCUCAUUAGGCCACUGUUGGACGAUUGGAUGGCAACAAGGGAAAUGGGCCAAGACAGUCAAGGGGCAGUCAGUGAACGAGGCAGCACAGGUGUUGAGUCGACUCAAAACAAGCCCCCCCUCAUUAGGCCACUGUUGGACGAUUGGAUGGCAACAAGGGAAAUGGGCCAAGACAGUCAAGGGGCAGUCAGUGAACGAGGCAGCACAGGUGUUGAGUCGACUCAAAACAAGCCCCCCCUCAUUAGGCCUCUGUUGGACGAUUGGAUGGCAACAAGGGAAAUGGGCCAAGACAGUCAAGGGGCAGUCAGUGAACGAGGCAGCACAGGUGUUGAGUCGACUCAAAACAAGCCCCCCCUCAUAA